AGAUUGUCGGGAACAGGGCAAGCACUCAACAUCAGUUCAGGUGAAAGGGUUCGUCUUGCGGGAGGGACUGAAUCGGGUGACCGGGAUUCAUCAGUUCUGAAGUGUGAGUAGAAAGGAAUUUGUGCAGAAUGGUGUGGGACAUCGUCGCGGCCACCGGAGUGAGGAAUACUAUGUUGAACGUGUGGUCAUCGCUUCGGUGAGAGAGUGUGGAGACAGAGAAGGAAAAUGAGGAUGGUUGGUUUGACUGGAGGUAUUGCUUCUGGCAAGAGCACUGUGUCGAAGGAGCUUGGUAUUCGUGGAGUCCCCGUCAUCGACGCUGAUAAAAUUGCUCACGAUGUAUUGAGGAAGGGGACACGAGGUUGGAAGAGGGUCGUUGGAAUCUUUGGACAAGAUAUUCUCCUUGGAAGUGGAGAAGUGAACAGGGCUCGAUUAGGAGAGAUUGUUUUCGCAGACCCUGCAAAGCGCAAGCAGCUCAACAAGGCUUUGGAACCAUUUAUCGCCUUUGGGUUAUGGUCAGAGAUAUUUAAGCAAUGGCUGUACGGGACUCACGUCGUUGUUUUAGACGUGCCGUUGCUAUUUGAGGCAAAACUGACUUGGAUGACCAAGCCAAUCGUGGUGGUAUGGGUCGAUCGUGAAACGCAAGAAGCUCGACUUCUGAAGAGGGAUCAUCUACCUGAAGAACAAGCUCGUAACCGGAUCCUCGCCCAACUCCCUUUGGAAGUAAAACGCGAUAAGGCCGACAUUGUCAUCGACAAUACAGGAACAUUGGAGAACACCAAACUCCAGGUUGAUCAGCUGUUUACGACCAUCAAUGCUCCUCUUUCCUUAAAGGAACUCCUUCUUUCCAGAACAGGUGUUCUAUGUUGGGUCACUGGAGUUGUUAUUCUCGGGUGGCUCUUGCUCUAGAUUUGUCUCUGAAAAUAGUCAGGGAGUCUGUCAUCAUGCUAAUGAUUGGAGUUUCCGGAGUUGGGUCACAGCCCCGUGUCUCAACGACAAUUCCAGCUCUCAAGCUGGUAGAGUCUCUAUGGUCGAUCUGAAGACGAGAGAGAACUCAUACACCAACUCCAAACUUUCUGUGGGCGCUCCAACUUUAAGUAGCAAGACUGAAUGAACUCAGUAGCUCACUCAUCAGGGGACUAGUACUUCUGUUCAAGGAAUAAUCGCGUCUCAGAAGAUGUGUUUCCACAUACUUCAUAAAGUCGGUAGCAACUUUUAAAAACAAUUGCGACGAAAAGCUCCCUUCCUUCAAGCUGUCUUUGUUAUUUGGAAAACUGCAAAGCCUCAAAACUCCAGUCCUCCGAAGUGGAGUGAAGGCUCGAAGUGUUACCAGAGAACUACACCCAAACUGGUUUACUGGGUUUAUCGGAGCAACUGCAAGAGCUGACAAACCAGUAGAAGGAAGUCCUCCACGGACCAGUGGAUCCACCGGUCCACUGAUCGUGGAUGACUCCCUUGUUGUAGAUGAUUCGAUUUUGUUAUCCACUUGGCCCCUUUACCGAUCAGUGGAUCUCCUUAUGCUCUCUGGGAAAAAGUAGAAAGUGUUGUUGCGAAACUAGAAGCUGAUUGACAUGCCGAAGAGAAAGGAAGGGCACUUAUCCCGGACAACGCACUGCAGCACGAGAGGACAAUCUACGAACUUGAGAUCUAGCUUCAUGUCGGUAUGUGUGUACACAUUUUCAACGUUGCAGAUUCUUUCACUUCCACGCGUCCACUCUACAUGUUGCACACGUUGCAGCCUAGUUGUUUUGAAAUUCCAUUACUAACGUGGCUAGAGGCACUCGCAACUCUCGUUGAAAAUGCCAGAUCUAUGAACGAUCAAUAAUAUUGCUUCAAAACUGAACACAUGUAACCAGCCAGAGGAUAAGAUUACUCGGAGAGUUGAUUAUAUUUAGUGGACCAACUUGUGCAC